AUGGUUCUGAAGCGCAUGGACAACACCAGUGUCGAGGACGGGUUGCAGGCCGCCACGCUACGAGAAAUCAUGGUGCUGGACGAGGUGAGCGCCGGGACUUCCAAUAGGGAUCGUGUGGAGCGGGAUGCGUUUCGCAGCGGCCGGGCCGUGUUUCGGCCAACCAUGACGGCGCCCUCCAACACCCACGUGCAGGAGCGGUUUCCUUCCUCGUUUAUGGACCACAAUCGUUACUUCGCCGGCGGCGCCGCAGAGGAUGACUGGGCUGACAUGGCUUCAUCUUCGUCCGGGCCGUUGCGCAGUGGCACCUUUGACGCACUGUCCGCUCAGCAGAGACGGCGCAUUAGCCGCGGGCGGCAGCAUCUCAUUGGGAUUCGGGACGCAAUAUUGCGGCCGCGCGAGCAGCUCACCUACGUGGCGAUGGAUUAUUGCGAGGGCGGUGACCUGUGGCACUUCAUGCGAGAUUUGAAAGUCUCUGUGCGAUCCUCUUCCGGAAAGUUCGGUGAUAUAAUGUCGACGCGGGUGUUUCGACGCUGGUCGGUGGAGCUGAUCUUGGCGCUGGGCUUUUUGCACUCGCACAACAUCGCCCAUCGCGACCUGAAGCCGCAGAAUUUGAUGCUCGCCAAGCGCACAGACGCGAUACUCUCCUCAUCCUUUGCUGUUGACAGCGCCAACAGCGAGUUGUGUGAUAUCGAGGGUGCGCCGGCCGGGGAGCUGUACGCGUUGAAGGUCGGCGACUUUGGCCUCUCGCGGCUGGAGGGGAUCCCGUACAAGAAGUACGUGCACGAGGCAGUCACGCUUUGGUACCGCAGCCCGGAUGUGCUGCUCGGGAACACAAACUACACCUACUCCGCAGACGCUUGGUCGCUGGGGUGCAUUCUAGUCGAAAUGGCCUCGGGCAGUGUCCUCUUCAAGGGCAAGGACGAGGCAGACGAGCUGCGGCACAUCUUCACACGCGGCUGCCGCCCGUCCCCCUCGAUCUUUCCACGAAUGCGGGACUACCAUUACUGCGAGCGGUAUGCGGAGGUGCUGAAUCGGUAUCAGGAGGCGGACACCGAGAACAUGACUGCGGAGGAACUGAUGCAGAUGCAGCUGGAGCGUAUCAGCCGCCACCUGCGCGCGUUCCUGCGCGACCGUCACGCCCUCGAGCUGCUUGGCGAUGCAGGGGUCGAUCUGGUUGCCAGGCUGCUGAUCCUCGAUCCAGAGCGUCGUCUUACCGUUCUGGAGGCGAUGAACCACCGCUUCUUCACGAACGCGUAUGCUGAGGUCUACGGCGCGGAUGGAUAG